CUCGUGGGGUACCCUCUUUCACCUCGGUGAUCUAGUAGCCAGGGGAAAGGAGGCUUGCAAGGUACAAAAGGAAAACCUCGAAGGCGAAGGAGAAGAAGAUCAAGUCUCGUCGAAGGAAGUAAGGCAUUGCUAGAGUGGCUAAAAAUGUGGGCAGCACAUAAAAGUUAUUAGUUCGAGAGUUGUGUGUUCAGACAUGCACUUCCAUUCGGAGGAUCAGUAGCAGCCGUCGUUACUGAGUGAGUGAAUGUGUGGGUGCGGGAUUUUCUAUGUGUGUGCUGCUGGAUCACGACCUUGAGCUACGAAGUAUAGCGAUGCGUUUGCUGACUGGCGACUGCAGUUACUGUGAUCAUGGUGCAUUGAGGGAUUAGUGGGAAAGCAUGUGUUGCUCGUGUAGUGGUGGAGGCCCGAGGGAGGUGACGGAGUAGCAGCAACAGCAGCAGGAGAAGGGCUGAGAGUUGGAGUUGGGUUUUGGAGGCUCCAUUGGUUUUUGAGCGUCAAGGGAGCAGAUGUCGACUGUGGAGGUGGUGGAUGUGGCGCCGGGACCCUCUGCCCCUGUCACUGGGAAAGCCUUGUUUCAGAAUUUGCUUACGCGGGAGUUUCUAGGUCACAAAAAGAAGGUGCAUUCGGUGGCAUGGAAUUGUGCUGGCAAAAAGUUGGCUUCAGGCUCCGUGGACCAGACUGCACGAAUCUGGCAUAUUGAGCCACAUGGUCAUAGUAAGGCGAAAGAUAUGGAGUUGAAGGGGCACACGGACAGUGUCGAUCAGCUGUGUUGGGAUCCCAAGCAUGCGGAUUUGUUGGCAACGGCAUCGGGUGACAAGACUGUGCGUCUCUGGGAUGCUCGCGCGGGUAAAUGCUCUCAGCAAGUUGAAUUGAGUGGCGAGAACAUCAAUAUUACCUAUAAACCGGAUGGCAGUCAUAUUGCUGUCGGCAAUCGAGAUGACGAGUUGACUAUCAUUGAUGUUCGUAAGUUUAAGGCAAUUCAUAAACGCAAAUUCACUUAUGAGGUCAAUGAAAUUGCGUGGAAUACAACUGGCGAGCUCUUUUUCCUCACAACAGGGAAUGGGACCGUGGAGGUUCUUGAGUAUCCCUCGUUGCAGACUUUACAAACGCUAGUUGCACAUACAGCUGGCUGUUACUGCAUUGCAAUUGAUCCCACUGGAAGGUACUUAGCUGUUGGGAGUGCGGAUGCGUUGGUUAGUCUAUGGGAUGUCUCUGAAAUGCUCUGCGUGCGGACUUUUACCAAGCUUGAGUGGCCUGUUCGCACAAUCAGCUUCAACCAUGACGGACAAUAUAUUGCUUCCGCCAGUGAAGAUCUUUUCAUUGACAUUGCUGAGGUGGAUACUGGACGGUCAGUGUUCCAAAUACCUUGCCGGGCCGCAAUGAACAGUGUUGAAUGGAAUCCGAAGUACAAUUUAUUGGCAUUUGCAGCUGAUGACAAGAACAAGUACCAAACUGACGAAGGCGUUUUUAGAGUUUUUGGAUUUGAGGACCCGUAAUCUUCAGCUCAAUGUGAAGCUGCAGAUUGGUAGUGAUAACAGAUGCGGAAAUGAUUUUUCUUCAACCCAGGUCUACCUCUGGCAAGCAUUUAGUGUGUUAAAUCUGCAUGAUUAGGAUUCCAAACAGCAGCUCUUGUUCCAUAAGAAAAGACUAACACGCUACUUACCGAGGCCAACUGUUUUUCACAUUAAUUGCAGGAGUACAUGGUGUUGGAAUUGAUGGAUUUGUUGACCUUCAGUUUUGCGUCGUCUGAGAUCAGAUGUCACAUAUUCAGCUCACCUGUACCGUGUGGUCUGUGUUUCAAGUCACUUUGUCUAGGAACAUUACAACAUUAUGAAUAUUGGUCGUGUACCAUUAAAUAAACGAAAAUUGACUCCUGA